CAUUUCUCUUUCUCAGCUUUACUCUUCCAUUUUCCAUUUCCACUUUCACAGCUCGAGCUCAUCACCCAUGGCGAAUCUGGCACGUUUCUCGAGGAGAGCCCUACUAACCGCACGUGCGGUAGCGAACCACCGCGCGCAACCGCAGCUAGCGGCAGCUGAACGCGCUUUUGCGACGGAGGCAGCGAAAUCGGUCGCUCCUUCGGCGGAUCCGGUGAAGUGGGACUACAGAGGGCAGAGGAAGAUAAUCCCUCUGGGGCAGUGGCUUCCUAAGAUUGCCGUCGAUGCUUACGUGGCACCUAACGUGGUUCUCGCCGGUCAAGUCACCGUCUGGGAUGGGGCAUCCGUGUGGCCGGGUUGCGUUCUCCGGGGCGAUCUCAACAAGAUCAGCAUCGGCUUCUGCUCCAAUGUUCAGGAACGGUGUGUUCUUCACGCCGCUUGGUCUUCUCCCACAGGCCUUCCAGCUGAGACCACAGUAGAGAGGUAUGUGACUGUUGGGGCAUACAGCCUGUUGAGGUCCUGCACUAUUGAGCCAGAGUGCAUUAUUGGGCAGCACUCCAUCCUCAUGGAAGGUUCAUUGGUGGAGACACAAUCAAUCCUUGAAGCUGGGUCAGUCGUUCCACCUGGAAGGCGAAUUCCAUCAGGUGAACUCUGGGCAGGAAAUCCAGCCAGGUUUGUGAGGACUUUGACCCAUGAAGAAAUCCUAGAAAUCCCCAAACUUGCAGUUGCAAUUAAUGAUCUGAGUAGAGAUCAUUUCGAUGAGUUCCUUCCCUAUUCUACAGUAUAUUUGGAGGUUGAGAAGUUCAAGAAAUCCUUGGGUAUUGCUGUUUAAUGCUCUUUGUUGCUAGUCUUCAAUGUAUCUGUUAGUUGGCGUUUUGCUUGUAAGGAAAUAAGAAUUAAAACAGAGAGCAAGCUUUUGUGUUUUCUUUGUAUUCCUUGCUGAAAGUAUUGGCUUAAAACAUCAUGUCCUGUAUAAUUGACUGGAGUAAUAUGUGAUCAGAUGCAUUAUCUGAGUCUUGGACAUUAGUUUUUCCCUCCCAAUUAGAAUGGGUUUGCUGUUUCA